AUGGCCCGCCAAAAGCUUGAAAGUAAUAGGAAGUCUAUUAGGCCGACAAAGAUUACCAAAUCUCGUGGCGCUAUAAAGAAAUCAGAAAAGAUAAAAGCCAGACUCAAAUCCGAACAACUGAACAAGCAAUCUUUAGUUAUAUCGGAUUUGAAACUAGUUGCCAACAACAAAGGCUUGGAUAACAAGUUAGCUUCGUUAAACGUUAAACGCCUAGCAAAAGAUCAUGAACGAGAUAAACAAUCUCAAAGAGCAAUGGAAGAGCGAAAAUUGGCUACUGAUAACGAUAUGGUAAAGCAGUUAAGUGCUAUCUCGGAUUUUACACUCUGA